AUGACACUGGCUCUGAUGAUUGUGCUUUGCAGAAUAGUUUUCCCUACUUGCUUAGUAGAUUUAUCUCUGCUCUUUGGAAAGGAAAAGUCUACUCUCAGUGUCAUCUUCAAUGAAAUGAUAGAGAAGAUUUAUAUUAAGUUUUAUUCAGUCUUGAAGUUUGACUACUGUCAAUUCCGGGAAUCAAACCUGUUGCGCUUCAGCCAAGCCAUUAGAGAAAGAUCACCGGCAAUGCACUGUGUUGGGUUUAUUGAUGGAACCUUCAACAAGAUAGCAAGGCUCAUUGUUGAUCAAGAGGGGGCAUACAAUAGCCAUUACCAAGGACAUGGUUUGAAGUACCAAACAGUGGUAAUACCUGAUGGUAUUACUUCGUCUAUUAUGAGGCUAGACAGUAGUAGAAAUCAUGACAUGUGCAUGUACUGCAAAAGUCAAUUAGAUGUCAUGAUGUGCAUAGCAUUUGACUUUACAAGCAUAAAUGGUCCAUGCUAUUACUUGUAUGGUGAUCCAGCAUAUACCACGUCAGACCAUAUGAUGAUCCCUUUCAGAAGACAAACGGCUGAUGAGCAAGAACUUGCUAUCAACAAAAGUAUGUCUGCUGUGCAAAUUUCUAUAGAGCACAAGUUUGCUGAAUAA